AUGGCGUGCACUUUAACAUCCAUUAACCUUGGAGGGAGGGUCACCACCUUGGAUAACUCAUCAGGAAGCUCGGACGCAGAGAGGGUAAUGGGUAUCCACAGUCAUGGGCACGAGGCUGAGCUGGCGCAGGGGCUGGGCUCCCUCCAUGCAGCCCAAGCACCUCACAGCCAGUCCCUGGGCCUAGUCAGGCACCCGGAGGGGUCUAAUCCGGAUGGGGCCUCAGGCCUCUGUGAAGACCCAGAGCUGGUUGGAAAGGCUGCUGUGAUGGGGGGUGGUCAGCCUCUAGAUCAGAGGCCCCUGGCCUCUCAGGGGGGCCAAGAGCAUGGAGCACAGCCCACAGCUGGGAGCCUCCGAGGAGGAGGGGCUGUCUUGGUGUCUGGCACCCAGGGCAGAGGUGUCAGGCUGGUAUCCGAGCAGUUCCUGCAGUCCCUGCAUAAGCUGUCUUUCUACAGCUGGUAUGGCAGCGCCAGGCUCUUCCAAUUCCACGUGCCCCCAGACACCAUGCUGCUGUGCUGCCUGUUCCACGUGUCACGGGGAGGCAGCCCCGUGUGCCAACGUGGCGAUCAUCGUGUAUUCUGCUACGGCGCCCUUCCGGUCAUCAGCCCCCUGGGCACCAGCUUCCCUAACAAUACCUCUGUGCAGCCAUCCUUCCUCCUCAAGAUGCUGGAGAGCAAUGCCUCUGUGAACAUCUCCCACCCUGCGCCCGGGGACUGGUUUGUGGCUGCCCACCUGUCCCCUUCAUCCCAGAAGAUUGAGGUGAAGGGCUUUGCUCCCACCUGUGCCUACGUCUUCCAGCCGGACAUGCUGGUCGUGAGGGUGGUGGAGGUCUCCAUUCUGGAGCCAGAUGUGCCCCUUCUGCAGAGCCUCCUCACCCACCCCAGCUGCCUCAAAAUCUUCAUCCCUGAGUACACCCAGGAAUUGCGUCUGGAGCUAAAGGGCUGUGUGUCCAACGGGAGCCUGGGCUGCCCCGUGCACCUCAUCGUGGGCUCGGCCACCCUGCCCAGCACCUUCCAGAAGGUGCUGGCCUGCCCUGGCCCCACUGGCACCUGCCACCUGCUGCUGCCCUCGCUGCCCUGGGGCAGGUGGAUCCAAGUGACAGCCAAGAGCCUGGGGGGGCCCCUGGUGUCCAUGGCAUUCAGCAUCGUGGCUGCCCUCACAGCCUGUAGGCCAAAGACCAUGACCUCGCGGCACCUUCAGUGCAGCCCGAGACAGAGCCGCAACGCCUCCGCUCGCCUGCUGCCCCUGAGCCUCGGCCACCAGGACCCAGGCGGGAGCCACGGGCUGGGCAGUGGCUCCUUCUGCCAAACGAGCUACCCUGUUGUGCGGGAAGACCUGGAUGUGGUGUCUGUGUGGUUACGGCCCCUGGACAGGGUCUCCGUGCUGGUGCAGUCGGGCAUGCCCUCGGUGAUGCGGCUGUACCUCGACACAGGCAUGGACGGUGGGGGCUCCCUCACCGUCUCCCUGCAGGCCAAUGUGACCGCAUUUGCCAACAACACCCUGGUAGUGAUCUGCGUGAACGCCACCACCCCCUUCCUCAGCCUCACCACCUCGCUCAACUGCACCACAGUUCUGCCACGCCUGCGACCAGCCUGGGGAUGUGGUGCUGUGCAUCCUCAGCUAUGACACGCUGCAGUGCUGCGACUUCUUGGGCUCUGGAGUAUCCAUCUGGGUCACCAUCC